GGAGAGCAUAACAGUGCCACAGUUUGGGGAAUAUUGGCUCUUCUAUUGUAACAUUGUUCACAGUUUGAGCCGCAUUGCUUAAAUUCUGUCGUUCGAGUUUGUCAAGCGAAUGUAUACAAGCAACAACUGGGAACGACCAGAAAGCAACAAGCAACACGCCCAGGAAUUGUUUUAAUUUAUUCUUGCAGAGAGCCAAGUUUCUAAUACACAAAGCAUACAUAAAUGGUUUCUACUUUCAUUGGCCUAUUGGACAUACAAUCAUGGUGGGAGAUACCGUGUAUUUCGCAUUUCUGUUCAUUGUUUAGUUCCGCCUUCGAUUUGCCCGACAUUGAUAUAGAGGAUCUCGAAUCGGCGCUGCUCUCCGAUGGUACCAGCGAUGAGGAUCAAGUUGCCUUAGUGCCCGAAUUAAUUGUACGCCUGCUGACCGGCUGCGAUGCGCUACAGUCGGUAGCCAAUGAGAUAACACACAGCAAUUAUCAGAUGUUUUUGCGCCGUUUCCUGCGCCAACAGUGUCGCCUGCAUCAGACAGAGAAUCACUUUGAUACGGACAUUGACUUUCAAUCGCUGCCGGUGCGCAAGCGUCUACAAAUUCUGCACGAUCUGUGCCAUUUUCGCCUGGACUCUGUCGAUGUGCAGGUCAUACUAAGCAACUUAGAGGCGGACAGUUUACGCGUUGAGCCGCUCGGCUACGACGCCAAAAAUUCAGGAUAUUGGUAUUUCUACGGUACGCGACUCUAUCGCGAGGAUAAGGCGACAACAACGGCCACUGCUUCCGGUUCGGGCAAGUCAGCUGCUGCUGCUGCGGCGCUCUCCAGUAGCGGCGCCGGCUCUGGUGGCAACACGAUCCUAGGCGGCAACAGCACCGUCUGGCAGGUCAUUUGCUUCACCGAGGAGGAUUGGCAGAAUUUGGCAGCCAAAUUCAAGACCUCAACGAAUGGUAAAGAGCGUGAACUCUUCCAAAUACUGGAUGAGAACUUUCUGCCCAAGCUGCCGCAGCUGUUUCGCGAGCGUGAACGUCUGAGACGCAGAAAAUUGCUGCAAGUGCGCAACUCCAGUCGCAUACGUAAUCUCGCCGAGCUCAAGGCGCGCCAGGAGGAGGAGCGCGUGAAGCGCGAACGUGAACGUGAACGCGAACGCGAACGGGAACGCGAACGUGAACGUCGUGAGCGUCAAUUUUCAGCUCAUUUGGCGCCGCCGGCGGUACAGCAGCGCUCACGCAGACGACAACAACAUCAACAACAGAAACAAGAACAACAAACAGAACAAUUCAAUUCUCAAUCGACUUCAACGGCUAGCGGUAUUUCAACUUACGCAAGCUCCCUCAGACGUACAACAACAACUAAUUCGAGCGAAUUUCUGUGCCACAGGGAAACCUUUUGUCUUUCGCCAGAAGACGAUGACCAAAACGACGACGAGGAGCCGAACCAAGAGCAACAGCAACAGCAACAACAGCAGCAGCAACAAUUAGCACAGCAACAAGAACAAGAGCAACAACAACAAAAGCAACAAGAAGAAGAGGAACACGAGCAGCAACAGCAGCAUUUAAACGCUGUCACAGCAGCUGGCGAUAAAUUCCGUUCACCGCCGCCGCCGCCCAGAGAAAAAUCACAAACGCCAGCGAAAUUCAAGAGCAAGAGCCACCAUCAUCAUCAUCAUCAUCAUCAUCACCACAAGAAGAAAAAGUCUGGCAAGAAGCAAAAGAAACGCUCACGCGAGCGUCGCGAUCGAGAUAGAGAUCGGGAACGGGAACGGGAUCGAGAUCAACAUCAUUAUCAUCACCAUCGGCGGCGUCAUAAGCAUGCGUCUGAGACAGACGAGCACUGCGAGGACACCAACAACAAUAACAACAACAACAACAACGAGCAAAGCAACAACAGCAGCAGCAGCACAACAGGCGCUCGCAGCCACAAGCGACGCCACAGUCGCCAGCAGCAGCAGCAGCCGCAGCAGCAGCAACAGCUGCCGCCGAGCCCAGAGACGUCCGAGCCGCAGCUGCUGCACGCCGCGUCGCUGAGUCCCGAGGAUAAGGAGAACUUUUGCCGACAGCUGCAAUUGCUGGAUUCGAAUUCGGCGGCCAUUGCGGUCGCCACAAGCAUUGCGAACCUGAGCCUGCCCUCGCCUGUGGCGCAUGACAGCGAGGAGCAACUGCAGCCAGCAGCAGAGCCAACCACAGCACAGCCAGUGGCUGCCAAGCGCGAGGAGCAGAUGGCGCCAGCGGCCAAUGUGAAGCUGCCCGGCCGGCAAACCAACAAUUCACUCAGCUCCCUAACGGGCAACAUUUUCAUACCAACGGGCGGCAACGCAGCCGCCAACCAGCAACAGCAGCAGCAACAACAACAUAGCAACAGCAACACCAACUCCGCAGCCGAGACGACGGCACGGUCCAAGAAACAAAAGGCCAGUGUGAGCACCAGCUCCGGCAGCAAAGCGGAACGCAGUGCCAGCAAAUCGGAGGCACAGGCGAAAAGCAAAAAAUCAUUGGCGGCUGCAGCAGCUCCCUCCUCGGCCGCCUCCAGUGCCUCCUCGUCCAGCAAGGCGGAACGCUACAGCAGCGCCUACUCCGACAAAAGCGCCGAUGACUUUACCGAAACGGAGGAGGUACUACAAAUCGGAAUGCACAAGGUGCUCGUCUAUGUCAAAAAUCAUCGGGAUGCAUGGCCCUUCAUGGAUCCCGUUGAGGAGGAUAUUGCGCCGCGCUAUUACUCAAUCAUUAGAAGGCCCAUGGACCUGCUCAAGAUGGAGGACAAACUGGACAGUGGAGAGUAUCACAAGUUCAGCGAAUUUCGCAAUGAUUUUCGCCUGAUUGUCAACAAUUGCAGACUGUACAAUGGCCACAACAACGAGUACACGGAAAUGGUCAACAAUCUGCAGGAAGCCUUCGAUAAGGCAACUAAAAAAUAUUUCGAUAACCUCUCCGAGGACGACGAUGAUGAUCCGAAUUUAAGUUAUCCCGCCGCUGAUUCCAAGAUGAAUGUAUUUCGCGAGAAGUACUUUAGCAAGAAGGCAAAAGGUGAGGAGGAGAAGGAAUCCUCGGCGAACUCUGCGUCCAGCAAGCGUCUGCAGGACAGCAGCGUCGAGGAGGGGCACCAAAGCGACACAGAGGAGCCCGCGGAGGCGACAGCAACACACGCGCAGAAGCGCAAGCGCAAGGAGAAGGAUAAACGGCGUAAAAAGAAAACCAAAAACAAAGCGGAAAGAAGCAGUCACAACGAUGACAUGGACACGGAUGAGGAGGAGUUGGAGCCAGAGCCACCGCCACCACCGCCGCCGCCGCCGCAAGCAAUGAAAAAGAGCAAAAGCAACAAAGUACUUAAGGAAAAAGACAAGGACAGGGACAAGGACAAAGAGCUAGCUGGUGGAUCCUCAGGCAAACGUGGACGCAAGGCCAAAGGCAGCAAGUCCUCUCAGGGCCAGGCAAGCAGUUCCUCAAAGCCCAGCACCAAAACACAAAAGACCAAAAAAGCGGGCAAAAAGUCAACGCCCGAAACGGAGCCCGAGUCGGAGCUAAGCGAGCCGCCGCCAAGUGAGCCCGAGUCCAGCGACGAUGAGGAACUGGCUUUGGCCAAAGUCAAGUCCCUGGUGAAGCCGACGGCGCGCACAAUCGCGGCGCAGAAGAAGAAAAUGGUGCCCGCCGAGUCCAAGGUGAAGACCCCAACGCCCGUCAAGCGUCAGCCAAAGAGCAAGAGAGUUGGACGCGGUCGCGCCAAAGCCGAUCGGGAGCUGGCCGACCUGGACGAUGACGAUGAUAGUCUAUUGUACGACAUCAAUGCAAAGAAACAGCUGCCGCCAACAGCUGCUGCGGCGCUGGCUGAAUCCGCGGCAGAGCUGGAGGAAGAUGACGAGGAUAAUGACGAUGCGGAUGACGAUGAUGAUGCGUCCAGAUCGCGCAGCAUGUCACCCUUCAAGGUGGAUCUGCACAAGAAAUACUCAAAGAGCGCACUCAACGAUGAUCUCUCCGAGCUGCUGACAACCGUCAAGAAGGUGACCAGCGCCGAGACCUCCAAGCUGAGCGCACGCCACGAGGGCGACAAGUCCGACCAGGACUCGGAGUCCGACUUUAUGCUGCUGGGCGCGAGCUGCCACGGCAGCUCCGAUGAGCGGCGACGUCGUCCCCCCUCGCCGGUGGCCGUCAAGCGAGGCAAGAAAAUCGAGGCGCCGCCAGUGAAAAAGGAAAAGGAGCGCGAAAAGAAAAGCCGACAAGACAAAGAUAAAGACAAAGAAAAGGAGAAGGAGAAGGACAAAGAUAGGGAUAGGGACAAAGAUAAGGAAAAGGAUAAGGAAAAAUCGCGCAGUACCAAGCACAAGAAGAGCUCAGCGGAAUCGGCGGCUGCUGCAGCCGCUGCCGCCGAGCAAGCGGAACUGGAGAUGCUGCUGCCAUUUAUGGACAAAUACGACGUUAUCAAAUAUCGACGCAGUCGCGCCGCACAAAGCGGCUCCACCAGUGCAACCACUUCGCUGGCACCCUCCGAGGACUCGAAAUCGACGAGUGUCAAGAGCGUGUCCGCAACCAAAAAGAAGCGUGAAAAUACCACAGAGCCAGCUGCGGAACACAAACGUGGACGUAAAAGCAAAGAGCAGAAGCAUCCAAAGGAAUCUAAUCCAAGCGACAAAUCGUCUGCCAAGCAGGAGAAGAGCGAGAAGGCGGAGGAGAAACCUGUGGAGAAGCCCAAAAAAGCAGAGACGCCAAAAAACGCUGAGAAGCCGCCGCGGGAAUUGACGCCACCGCCGCCGCCAAAGUCCUCAACAAUGCCGCCAGAGCCAGUUGCUCGGGCAGAGCUGGCCAGCAGCAAGGAUGCGGCCAAGUGCAGCGGAAGCGCCGGCAGCCACAGCGCCAGCAACAAUGCCAAGCCGAAGGAGACCAGCGUCAAGGCGAGCAGCAAGAAGCAGCGAGCCGAUAAGCAAAUGCCGCCGCCGCCUAAGCCCGCCGAGAAGUCAACGGCGGAGAAGGGCGCCGGUCACAAGAAGCUGACCGGCAAAAAGGCGGCGGCGGCGGCAGCGGCAGCGGCAGCUGCACAGAAAGCGGCGCCCAGCAGCAAUACGAAUCUGGAAGCGCUGGAUGUGGAAACGGAGCAAACGCUGAAGGAUAUCAAUCGCUGGCUGGAGCAUACGCCGCGCUUCUCCGAGUUCAGCUCCGCCAGCAAUUCGCCCUCGCGCUACAAUCUGCUGGAUGACUUUGACUCGACCAUUGGCAGCAAACUGGACGCGGCCGACUUUAGGCGACCCGUCGCACUGGCUGCGCCCAAGGCGGAGCUGGUGCCCACCAAGCUCGCGGAGGCGCUCAACGAGCUGGUCAGCGAAACGGCCACGCCCAAGCCCGGCGGCAGCAGCAAACUAGACUCGGAAACUUUGCCCACGGCGAGCAGCGUGAGCAGCAGCUGCGGCACGCCGCCGCAUUCGAUGCACUCGGGCAACUCAAUAGGCAGCACCUCGGCCACGGCGGCCAGCUCGAGCUCUGCCUGCUCCAACAACUCCACGUUAUCCGCGCAGCAGCCAGCAGCAGCGCCGCCCGUCGCCGCAGCUCUGCCCACAGCAGCAGCAGCAGCAGCAACAGUUGCGACGGUAACAACGCCGCCCGUCAAGCACAAGGAGCCGGGCAGCACACAGCUGUUGCUGAAUCCGCCGCCGCCGCCGCACAUCAAGCAGCAGAUGGUCAAGGAGGCGAAGCGCAAGUCGCUCAAGGAGAAGCUGGCGGCCAAUGCACAGGCACAGCAGGCCAAGGCCAAGGCGAACGUGAUGCGCACCAUCGAGCGACUGCAGCCGGGCAAGACCAAGGGCAAUCUGAUACAGAAUGUGGUGGCCAAGACGGACGAGCUCGAAACGUUGCUCUGUCCGGUGGUCAGCAAGUCCAAGUCGGAUACCAAAAAUGCGCUCAUCACGGAGUGCAGCGACACGGCACCAAAGCUCAGCCUCGGCACGGUCAUCAAAACGCAGGACUUUGCGCUGGGCAAGACGCUCGAGGAGCUGGCAAACAAGCAGCAGGAUCACGAUCAGGAGUCGAAAGAGCACAGCAGCGCGGAGGAGUCAGCAACGGCCACAACGCCCACCAAGGAGUCAAUGCCGAAGCCAUUCGAGGCGCUGCUCGAGCUGAGCAAAGCCAGCGAAAUGGCUGCAAAGGCAGCCGAGGCCGCCAAGGAUAAGGAUAAGGAGAAGCCGAAUCUGAGUGCCUGGCUGAAGGCAUUCGGCGGCCCAAAGGUCAACAACAAGAAAUCCACCAGCGAGGAGGAGAAACAGCCAACAACGACACAGUCCCAGCUGCUGGCACAGGAUGACGCCCGGGUGGCGCCACCCGCCCAUUCGCCCGCUGCCGGCGAUACGAACUUUUCGCUGCCGGUGGUCAUGCGCCAGCGCAAGCCGAGCACGGGCAGUACGAACUCGGAGCGCAGCUCAUUCAGUCAGGAUCCGGACUCGCCGCGCAUAGCCAUCGAUGAGCGUUACGGUUCCUAUGCGGCUGGCUCGUAUACAUCGCCCAUCUGCGCCUCGCCCAUCGGCGCCUCGCCCAUUAUGGUGUCGCCCAAGCCGAACGAUGACAUGGGCAAGCCGGCGUCGCCGUAUACCCUGAAUGGCGCCAUCAAGGUGGGCUUCUAUCAGGACACCACGACCAAGAGCAGCCCGGACAAGAGCUGCAGUCCGCGCGAAAUGAACUCACCGUAUCCGCAAUAUUCUCAGCACAUUUACUCGUCGGCAUCAUCGCCAAAUGUGUCCACGCCCGAGCUGAGUGGCACAUCGCCUUAUGGUGGCGGCAAUAGCUAUAAUCCGUCUGGUUCGGAGGCGUCCAAGACGCCAGCCUAUUCCUCCACCUCGCCACUGCCCAUCUACGAUCAGUACAAACAGCCGCGCUCACAGGAAUCCGAUUACAACUCUUCGAUGAGUCCCAGCACGCCCAAUCCGCAUUCACCCUAUCAACAGCCGCAGAGUUCGCCCUACACCACGCCCCACUCUACGCAGCCUUCGCCCUAUCACGCCCAGUCGCCCUACCAUCAGACAGCGCAGUCGCAGCCGCAGUCUCAACAACAGCAGCAGCAGCAGCCCUCGCACAGCCCCAAUGCUCAACAACAGCAGCAGCAACAGGCGCUCAGCCCGAUGCCCAGCAGCGUCGAUUCGCCUGCCUCCUCGGCGGCCACACAGCCGCCCACCCCGCUGGCACAGUCGCCGGCCGAGCAGCAACAUUCGCCGUACCAGCAGCCUGUGCUGUCGCCAUAUCAGCAGCAAGUCGUGGUGGUGCCACCGCCUGUGGUGCCUGCCCCUGUGGCAACGAGCCAACCAGCCGCAGCACCUCUGGUGCCUUUAACAGCAACAAUGGGCAAUAAUGGCUAUGCGCCAACGCAUGACAGCUACCAACAACAGGUCACAGCGCAGCAACAGCAGCAGCAGCAACACUCUUUGUAUAAUCCGGCAACGCUGAUCAAUCCGCUGCCACCUGCUGCUCCCGUCGCGGUGUCCACAGCGACGCCUGUGGCCAAGCCGAAUAACAAUGAUUGGAGUCUGGGACACAGCCUGCUGCCGCCUAACCUAGCCACAAAUCAGGUCACACAACAGCAGCAACAUCAGAAUCAACAGCAGCAACAGCAACAACAGCAGCAGCAACAGCAGCAGCAACAGCAGCAGCAGCAGCAACAGCAUCAGGCGCUCGCUCAUCAGCAGCAGCUGCAUGGCAUGAAGCCCAAGUAUCCAACCUAUGCGCAAUAUCAGUCCACAAAUGCGGCGGCCAAUGCAGCAGCAGCCGCAGAUGCUGUGGACAGUCAACAGCAACAGCAGCAGCAACAACAGCAGCAGAAAAUUGUGCCGCCCAGCUAUGGCAGCGAUAUGGCAACUUUUAUGCAGCAUCAAAUGCAGCAGCCCGCCAAAACGGAUACGCUAAUUAAUCCGCUGAAACGCGCCAACGAGGAUUACAGCGAUGUUGCCGCCAGCAAGCUGACCAAGCUGGAUGAGAAUCAUGUGCAGCAGCAGCAGCAAUUGCACACAGCAACACAGCAGCAGCAACAACAACAACAACAACAGCAGCAGCAGCAGCAGCAACAACAACAACAACAACAGCAGCAGCAGCAGCAACAACCGCAAACGCUGCUCAAUAAGCAACAACAAAUGUUCAAUAGCUUUCUGGGCUCGAUGGCCUUUAACAAGCAGCUGGGCACCAUAGCGCCAGAUAAGGCAUUCGAAAUGUAUAAUCGUGCGGCGGCCAUGGGUUUUCCCAAGGACUUUGCCAAGGACAACAGUGCCUGCAACAUGCAGCAGCAGCAGCAACAGGCGGCGGUCAACAAGCAGCAGAGCAGUCAGCAGCAACAGCAACAGCCGCAAACGCAGCCGCAUUUGACACAGCUGCAGCCGCCGCAUAAUUUGAACUAUCAGCAACAGCAGCAGCAGCAAAAGUUGCCGCUGCAACAACAGCAGCAGCAGCAACAGGCGCCGCACAAGCCGCUCAACUAUGGCAACAGCAGCAACAACCUGCAGCAGCAGUCACAGCCCGCACAGCAGCAACAACAACAACAGGAGAUACAGCAACAACAGCAACAGCAGCAGCAGCAGCAACAUGCACAACAGCAACAGCCACACAAUGCCUACCAGCAACAGGCGCAGCUGAAUCACAACUAUCCACCAGCAGCAGCUGCUGUUGCUGCCGUGCAACAGGCGACAUCUGGCAAGCCGGCAGCAACACAGGCCGCUGUGGCGUCCAACAGCGACAACGGCAACAUGUUGCACUUGCCGGCGCAUCAGCAUCAUCUCAGCCAGACUCAUCAUCUGGCUGCCUACAACAAGCCGACGCCGCCACCGCCGCAAACCUACAACAAUCCGUUGAUGCACACUUUGACCGAGUCCAUGUUGGCCUAUCCGGUCAACUACUUUGACAAGAAUAUGCCGCCCGCGGCUCAUAUGUACAGUGCGUCCAGUGCGGCCACAGCGUACGGUAAUCCCGCCCAGCAGCUGCCCGGCAACUAUGUGCCCGGCAGCAACAAUGGCGCGCAGCCCUCACCACAGCAACAACAACAACAGCAACAACAGCAGCAGCAGCAGCAACAACAACAACAGCAACAACAGCAACAACAACUUCAACAGGCUGCAGUGAGCGCAGCGCCAGCUGUUGAGGUCAAGGCGCCUGCCAAGCGUGGACGCAAGAAGAAGGCAAGCACAGUUGCAGCCGAGGCAAAUGUUAAGCAGCAGCAACAGCAGCAACAACAACAACAACAAGUCACAGCACAACAGCAGCAGCAGCAACAACAACAGCAACAACAGCAGCAGCAACAUAGCCAGCAGCAGGCCAUGCCGCAGUACAACAUGCCACAGAUGCCCACAGCUGCUGCGGCGGCCAACUCGGCCGCACAUCAGCUGCAGGCACACGCACAGGUGCUGCAUCAAGGCUUUCAGCUGUAUGCGGGUCUCAAGUCCGGCGGCGUGGCAUCGCCAGCCACGGGGACAGCAGCAGCAGCAGCCGCCGCUGCGGCAGCAGCAGCCGCUUCGGCUGGCAGCGCGCCGAGCAAUCAAACGGCAGCGGAUGCGGCUGCCAUCUCGCUGAAGACGUCCGCUGGCGGCAUGGUGCCGGGCAGCGCCUUCAACUUCGCGCCCACGCCCAGUGCGCUCGGCUUGUAUGGCGAUCAGACGGCGGCUGCGGCGGCCAGCAGCUACUUGGAUCAGUUCCGUGAUGCGCCCAAUCCCUACUAUAUGCCACCGGCGCCGGCGCACAGUGGAGCCGCCGGGGCAAAUGCGGCUGGCAAUGCGUCGGACAAGACACAGAAUCCAUUGAAUACGGCCGCCGGCUCCUAUCCGUUUUUGGCUGCAGCGCAUCCAUCGACACGGGCGGCUGCUGCUGCGGCGGCAUAUCCCUUUGCUGCCACCCAACUGGACCCCAAUUCGCAGCUGUACCAGCAAUAUCUGCGCCGCGAUGACUUCCAUGCGCGCAUGAUCUUCAACCAGAGCCUGUUGGGCGGCCCAGCUGCUGCUGCCGCCGCGGCGGGCUAUGGCCAGCCGCCGCCGCCGCCUGCCGCCUAUCGACCCUCGGCUCUGGGCAUGACCAAGCCGUAUGAUAUUAAUAGGCAAUCAUGGUUUUAGCAGUACGCCAGUGCCGCCAAUGUGGACCUGCAGGGCGACGACCUGAAUGCGUCGUCUACGGCGACAGCAACGGCGGCGGCAGCGGCAGCGGGGGCGGCGACGGCAGUAACAGCUGGGGGCGUGGCUGCAACAGCAGCAGCAGCUGCUGCAGCAGCGACAGCGCCUGCAACUGUUGCAAAUACACAGCAUUAAGUGCGAUUGGUUUCAACAAGAGUUUUCAACGUGUGCUAAAACCGAACUGGGAGCGUUUUAUAAUUUGUCCUGAUAUUAGCUAUACAUACAUUAUAUAUAUAUAUAUAUGUAUAUCUGUGGCUAUAUAUGCUGACUCGAAUUCUAGUCGAAUAGAAUCGCGAUGACUGUUUCGAUUGUGUGUGUAUGUGCGUGUGCCUCAGCGUGUGUGUGUGUAUGUGUCUGCUUGUGGAUUUCCCCCUAACUCUCCCUACUUUCUCUCACUUCACUUCGUUUUUCCUGCCUUUUUCACCAUUUUGUGCAAUGUUCUAAACUUUCGGACAGCGCCCAGGUUUAGCACAACGUUCGCAACUAAAGUUAUAGAUGCAUAGUUUUUUUGGAUAAUCUUAGGUUCAAGUUUUCUGUUAAUGACAAAUCUAUAUAUAUGUAAUUGUUUAUAUAAAGUUAAUGGUAGUUAAAAGAAUAUCUAAGCGGAAACAAAAUGUGGAAAUCGAUGAACACGAAUAAUUCUAAGAAUUGUUUCAAUUGCUUCCGAAUAUUGUAAGCCUUUAGUUUGCAGAAUUUAACUAAGCGUAUAAAUUGUAAAUUAGCUAUUAUUAUUAUUAUACUAUAUUAUAUUAUAUUAUUACUAUAUAACGACUAUUUACUAUAUUAUUAGUUUUUAUAUGAACGUGCAGCGGGUAAUUUGUUGAUAUAUUUAUUAAUAUAAUCCAAGAAAAGCGAAAAGCGGCAAACAUUUUCUUUAGUUUAUAAUAAGCCAAGCGCGAGUUGUAUAAACUUUUUGUUAAAUAUGCUAAGUAAACAGUACGGUCUAAACUUAAAUCCAAAAAUAAAUAUAUACAACACACACACACCCAUACACAUACACAUUAUAUAUAUAUUUAUAUAUAUAUAUAUAUAUCAGUAUAUAUAUAUAUAUAUAAAGCAUACUCAUUGCAUGUGCAACAUUCCGCCAUGAUUCAAAGUCCCUUUCCGUUUCCCUCAACCCAUUUUCGCUGUACAUACACAAAAAAAACAAAACCAACUAAGAAAAGUUAAAACUGUUACGUUUUUCACAUAAACAUCUCAAAUUGUAGCUUUAAAUGCUGUAAAAACAAAAAACAAAAAACAAAAAAAAAAACAAAAACUAAAUUCUAUGUAAUUUCAAUGCAAAUGCAAAUGCAAAUUUAUGAAAGGUAAAUGAAAAAAGUGUCUUAGUCGCUAUUAAAAUAAAACGAAACAAAAACAAAAACAAGCAGAAACGCAUCAAAAGGAGUAAAAACAAAAAAGAAUAUGUAAAAUACAAUUUAAAGAGAAGAGCCCUUCAAAAAAAAAACACAAAUACAAUAAAUCUAAUUAAUUAAUUAAGUUGUUAACGCU